GGAAAUCUUGUCAGAAGUACACGUAUCAUUGCAAUUUGAGUAAUAAAAUCUUGUUGAUUUUAUGCUUGUGUGUGAAACAACGAGAAAUAAUUUCCUCUUUUUAAAAGUAAAAAGGCCAGCAAACGAAGUCAGAUGUUCAAGUUAGUGAAGCAGUUUCCAUAGCAACGAUGGCCUUCCAGACAUUUCAACAAGAGUAUAUUCAAACGCCGCCGAUCACUAGGGCUUAUUGCACAUCAUGCGUGCUGACAACACUUGCCGUGCAAUUGGAAAUCAUAACUCCUUUCCAGCUGUACUUCAAUCCAGACCUGAUCUUCAACCAGUAUCAGUUAUGGCGACUCGUUACCAAUUUUCUCUUCUUCGGUCCCAUCGGAUUCAACUUUCUAUUCAAUAUGAUAUUUACAUAUCGAUAUUGCCGCAUGCUGGAGGAGGGGUCAUUCAGAGGUCGCACUGCUGACUUCUUCUUCAUGUUUUUCCUUGGUGGACUUGUAAUGACUGUCAUCUCACUCUUUGUCAACUUAGUCUUUCUCGGCCAGGCCUUCACGAUAAUGCUAGUGUAUGUCUGGAGUCGGAGAAACCCAUAUGUCCGCAUGAACUUCCUGGGGUUGAUGAAUUUCCAGGCACCCAAUCUACCCUGGGUGCUGUUGGCAUUCUCUCUUCUACUAGGCAACCCAAUUAUAGUUGACUUCAUAGGUAUUGCCGUUGGGCAUGUUUAUUUCUUUCUGGAAGACGUAUUCCCCAUGCAGCAAGGAGGCUUUAAAAUCAUCAGAACACCAGGAAUUCUGAAAAGAAUAUUUGAUGCCAACCCAGAAGACGCCAACUAUAACCCCCUCCCCGAGGAAGAUAGACCAGGGGGAUUCGAUUGGGGGGAAGGGACACGGCCGCAAGAUCAACCAGCCGAAGAUGAUAAUGCUGCCCCAGACCAAUGAGUUAUUUAUUCGGAAUGUCAAACCACACCCGACAUCAAACCGGAAGUGUGUAUGCUGCUCUUUGGACUCAAGGGCCAAGGCAUUGUGAUUAGACUGCAAGGCAUGGAACUCCAACGGGGUUCGAAUCCACCCCUGACCAUUGACAGUACAUGCCAAGAAAUAAGCAUCGGGUCAGAUUUGCCCGUCCUUCCUCAGUGACUUAAAGCCAACAGGGCAAAUUACCUUGUCGUUUCACAAGUCUGCUUUUUUUUUACUUGUCCAUAUCCGAACUUAAAAAAGUUCUUUUUCCUUCAUCAUUGCCAUUUGUGCGGGACUUGAAUUGGAAGUCAUAUGAACAAUCAAUAAAGUGGUUUUCUGCAGUCAACUGUGAGAAGUGAAGAACAACUGGGACCAGUUUUCACUGGUUCCCUAAUACAUUUUAAGACAUGGCAGAAGGUGAUGUGUUUCAUCUCCAUUUUCUUUUGGACAUAUUUUGAGAAAGUAUAUUUUUUGAAAAGACAUUCAUGAACACCUUAAGGAGAUUAUGAGUUCCAAUUGGUCGAAACAUAAUCACAUGGUUGUGUUUUACUGGUCUUAUUUCACCAAUAAAGACAUUAAAGGGGGUAAUUAAGAGCGGCUGGAUCAUGCGCAUUCAGUGCUCAUAGAUUUAAAUGUUUUGCGCUCAAAGAUAGGUGUAUUGGCGCACAAAGAUGUAGGCUGCAAGCUUUCAACUUGGUUUCUUCAAUCACAGGGCCACAAUCUUGCUGGUCCCAAACUGCUGUUUAAGACCUUUUCACUCUAUUGGUAAAAACACCUAAAUGCAGAAUAGUUUCAUGCAUCAGAACAGGUGUUAUCUUGAUUUUUUCAUAACAUUGUUAUGUCUCGCACAAAAAUGCUGUACCUUGGUGCCAUUGGGUUUGUUGGUACAUCCGAGAUACAUGCAUAAAGUUACAUACAUGUAAUAGAACAAGAGGGAGCACUCUGUACACACACUUGAAAUUAUUUAUUGAAUUUAGACCAUGACUGAACUUGGCAAGCCUGGGGUACAGUGAGUACUAUACAGACAUCAAUGGUCUCUAGAGGGUUAAAAGGUCUGUACUGAGUGAGUCAAAUAAAAACAAUCAGUAAAAUUACAAAAAUGAACUCCUUGUCUUGCUUCCAUUUUGUCUCUCUUGCAUUAAAUUUUGUAAGCCAUUUUCAAAAAUACAGCUUUGGUUCCAGCUUUGGCUCCAUUAGUUAUUUUUAACCACUGUUUUUCUCUUGAAUUAGCUGCGAGUGCAGUAAACGUAUAAACACAUUUCCCUUUUAUACAGAGGUUCAUGAAUACAAAGUAGUAAGUACUAAUAUUAAGCCACAAGUGGGCAAAGAAUAACAAUUUCAAAAGUAACAGGAACAGAUUUUACUCUCCCAAAAAGCAAGGGAUGGACUGUAUCUCAAGCCUUGCUUCCAAGGCCCACUUGCCCACAGGCAACCCCAGUCCUCCAAGUCCUUCACUCUGUGGUCAUUGUAGAAUUGUUUGUCCUACCAUAAAAGAUCAGUAUGCCCAGCCCAGUGAUGAGUAUUUGUUAUUUGGGCCAACAACCCCCAGUUCUCUGCAAUUUUUAAACAAGUAUGCAAGUCGCCAGACACACAAGACCAGGGCCCAAGUUCAUAGCGCUGCUAACUGUAAG